AGUGAUUAUAGUAAAGCGUGCGGUUCAUUCUACAUGUCUGAAAAACAGAAGGAACACGGCAGCACCAGUUUUCUGAACCUCACGUCGAGCAGGCGGAAAGGCCACAGACAUCGUGCGACAAGAAGAGAAAAAUACUCAAAAAGCAAAGUCCAUCGCAAAACAAGCAAGUCGACUAGCACCCACAGAAAAAAGAAAAUAGACAGAAGCACAUCGCAAAGGAAAGAGAUUAAGGAGCAAAGGAAAGCAAGUCGUGAAUCCAAAUUGAGUGUGCGAGGAAACAUCAUGGCAACAUCACUGAAAAUUAGGAAAACUUUGAUAAAAUCUGUGAAGUCAGCAGUUGCAAAGAAGCCAGACCUUGCUGAUAACUUAUCACCUACACAACACGAGGAUGUGGAGAAAGAUGAUGAAGAAAAGGAAGGAGGCGAGGAGAAAGCAUUGGAAGAAGAACGCGAAAGGGUUGCUCAAGCUAAGAAGGAUUGCGAUAUAGCGCGUGCUAUGGAACGCGAGUACACGCUCUUUGAGAAGACAGCCGCUCCAACUCGUCCUGCACUGGUCGUAGAACCUCCCGCGAACAUUACUUGUGAUGGAAAACCAAUUAAUGCUACAGCUGGUAGACGUGUAGAAAGUAGAGACUCACGAGUAGAAAGAAUCGAUAAAAGCCCGAAAGGAGAUAUGCCAUUAGUAGUUGAUAGUAAUCCUGGUGCUCAAGGUUAAAAUUCACCUUUAGUAUGUGAAAAUUUGAUAUUCAUAACUCCAGACUGAUCAGCAACAAAGCAACAAUCAUAUCAUAUUAUGUUAGAAACUUUUGACUUGGGAGUUUCCAAU